AAAUGGAUUAUGUAAAAGAAAAUUGCCCUUCAAAAAAAUCUUAGCCAUUGGAAUCAUUUUAAUUUAUUAUGCAAUAAAUUGUUCAUUGGGACAGGCUUAAAAUUAAAUGCUUUUCCUGAUAAGCACAUGGACACACUUCUCAGUAAGUUCUCAAUUUUCUGACAACUUGAAUUUUAAAUUUCCAGCAGUUGUGUCAUCAAAAUAAACAGAAAUUAUCCCUUGAAAUUUGUCCACCUGUUUGUAUCAAAUCUAUGUAAAUCCACCAGUUUCAUCGCCUGGAACUGAAUAACUGAAAUAACCAAACUUUUMGCUAAUAUUCUUAUUUAAUGAGAUGCACCUGUUAUUCUAUGUGACCUCAUCUUGAAUGUAUUUAUUCAGCCACUCUAUAAUCCUCCUGGUUGUACAAAUAUGGUUGUUACAUGUCACAACAACUGUAUUUCGGCAGCUGUCUCUGUAUGUAGGCAUGCUUGAUCUAUUUUGGCAGAGAGCGCUCCAAGUGGCCUUGCAAAAAAAAUCUCUGUUUCAUAAGUUGCCAAACAUUUUAGUAACAGUCUCUUCUAGGCCAGUGUUUCUGAAAUUUGGGGGAGCAAAAAGCACACAUGGUAAAAAGUUGGGUAMGGGAAAAACMCAAAUUUUAAUUAUUCCGAUGCUCUUGACAACAUAUCAUAAGCUAACUAGAAACAUUUCUGUUCUCAGAUGCUUAUGAGAUCUCCUUUGGGUGUGUCCGACGGAUCGAAAAACAUCUUUGCCUACUGUUUACAGUACCUAAGCUAUUUGUGUUACUAUUGUGUGUACAUGGAGAACUGGACAAAAUUCAAAUAAAUUGUGAAAUCAUGUGAAAAUCAAAAAAAAGGGCCUGCGUUUCUCUCACUACCCCCUCUUUGAGAGGGAUAUUUAUAAGGCAGAAGCUCCAGACCAGCAAAGAUCUUUCAUGGCUCCUUGACUUUCAAGUCCUGAUACAUCUGAUAUAUUGUAAUUACCGCAGACUYUAAGGCAAAGCCCAGAACAGAUAAGCAGUUGAUAAGAUUCAUUUUGCCCUGCAGUCAGAUUUCCAGUCCGAUAGUCCCAGGAUAAUCCCGGGCUGCGAGCGAAGCAGAGUUUAAAUCUUUGUCUCAUCUAAUUCAUUUAUUUAAUCCUGUCACUUUUGCUUAAGACRAGGCUGAAUUAAAACGCUUGUGUCACGGCCAUCUGAUCCAUGGCAAAGACGGGGGCCGAUCCUGUCAUGUCCAAUUCAUCUCAUUUGCGCAUCUUUCAAGACACAUUUGGAGGUUUUAGUGAAGAUUUAUGAGCAACGUGACCGUUUGAGCUUCUCGUUUUAAUUUAUUAAAUUUGUUCCCAUAAGGAAGCAGGAACACUCUAAUAAAAUAUGGUUUGGUGAAGUUUGUCAGAGCUGGGAGAGAGAAAAAAAAAAACUUAAAGACGUUUGUGGGGCCAUUUCACACAAUGAAUGUUUACUGCUUUUUUUUUUUUUUACUAGAAAUAGAAAAUGUGUUUAUCUGCAUCAUAGAAAAUGAAACUGUGAAAGUAUUAUCCUUCUAGUCUCCCAAAAAAAUACUACAUGUAAUAAUUUGAACUUCUAAAACAGUAAAUGUUAUUCAAUUUAUAUAUAAUCAUUAUGUGGAGAGACUGCUUACACAAAAUGRUAGAAGAUAAAAACACCACAAACAGGCUUAAUCAGAGGUGAUCAACAGCAGAUCACUGCUUUAGUUUUGUUUAUUUAUAAAUAACCUUUGGAUGACCACCAUUAUGCAUCCCUUCAGGGUAUUCAUAUGAAAUUCUGAUUGCCUGGGAUUCCUUCUUGCAGCUAGUUUUGAUCAGAUGAACUACUGAACUCUUUAAAAUAAUCUCACUUAAAACUGAGAUCAUUUUACUUCUUGAUAAGCUGAGGAAUGCAUUGGCACAUGUAUUUAUAGUCAACUUUUURUGGACUGCAUGAGAGGCACAAAACCCAGAAAAGGAGCAUGUAAGGAGAAUUAUGAUCCAACAUUGUACAGCACCUUUAAAAAGGUUUCAUAAACACAAUUUGUACUUGUAUUUGGAUUUCACUUUACUGGCCAAAUCAAAUUAUUACAUGAUUGGAAACUUUUUUUCUUUUUUUCCAAAAACCUUAAAGACUGUGCCAUAUUUUUGCCUUAURUUUUUGAUAAGGGACAUUCAUUGUAGCUACAACGCCACAGUCUCAGUGCUUCUGCAGCCUCUAACAUUUUGUACUUUGWUCCAUUUAUCCUUGUAUUAUCUUUUGACCACACAGGAAAGGAAUCUCCACAGCAGGGUGCUGCUUUCAGGCUAACCUGCGCUAAUCAUUUUCUACCAAUCGUUCUGUUUCUCAUCUCACCAGAACACCAAUAUUCUCCAGGCAAAGUCAGUACUAUGUAAUUCCAUCCAUCAUAUCACUUAUAAGACAUUUCAUAUUUCUUUCAUAAAACUCAUAAAUAAAGAAGCGGUGAGUGAACCUCCCUGCCUGUUACGUCUCUCUGCACCUACAUAAAUGAUUAGAGUUCAAAGAAUUUUGGGAUCGGUUUUCUUUGAGGUUUUACUUUACACAAGGAAGUUUGUCCGAARCACAUAUCGAUAAAUAUUAAACAUGCAACUUCCUCCACAUACCUAUACCUAUAGAACUGUGCAUCAUGGGGCAGAGUUAUGAAAUUCAUAUCCUCUUUAAAUCAGAACAGGAGGAAUCAUUUUUCGUAUAAAUUCUGCAUUUUCUGAAAUAGAUGCUGGUUAAGUUGAACAAGAGCUAAAAUCAGAUGCCAUUCCCAUUUUAAAGGUUCACAGUUAUCGGCUUUCCCACUUCUAACACAUACAAUCCCGACCUCGAAACUGCAGCAGUUAGGCAUGCAACAUGCAAUACACGUUAAGUAGCCUCUCUGUGAGGGCCUUCAUAGGACCUCAACACUCUCUGCACCCUCCCAUAUCAUUAAAAGCAGUGAUGUGGGCAAAGUUUCUUUUCUGAAGCUGUUUUACUGACAUGUCUGUGUCUCYGAGCCUAGAACUGCAUCAGCAUUUGCUGUUAGAUAAGUGUAGAUUAGUAGAUUAGUCUAUUCUUUCCAAAACAAUUGUUGAUGUGGAGGAGUAAAUGAUCAACCAUUCUACCUUUUUUUUUUAUCUUCAUGCUCAUAAGUGUCAACAUUCUCCACAGAGGAAAAGGAGGGACUGAUGCUUUAGACUGAGUAAAGCAAUUCUUCAAAACCUUUAAGAGAAAUAUCAAUACAACGUUUUGUCUCUUAUCCUACGGUCUGAAGCUUCCUCAUCCGUUUAGGGGCUCUCAAAAGUUACUUACUUUGUUAUUCUAAUUACUUUGUGUCGCUAUAUCAAUAUCAUUAUUAUGUUGCACAUGAAAUAACUGUAUUCUUUCCUGUGUUUUUGACCUUAUUUGGUGAUAUGUUGUUUGCACACAAGAGGGCGGURWUGUGWGAGAAAGGUGUGGUUACCUUGUGUUAAGUCAUAGAGGUUUCAGCCAGACACCUGUUUGUUUUAUAGAUCCAUUAGGAUCCARCAGAUGGCGGYAGUGCARCAAUURUGGAUGCAAGCUGCCGUUAAWAUCUAAAGAAGAAGAAGAACCUGUUUGUUUUCUUUUGCUCAGUGUUUGGCAACCAGAGAUGCUUUCGACAGGCAUCAUGGGAUCCCCACUGAAGAGUCUGGUUCAUGAUGAUGAUAGGUACCAGAGAUCCUUCCGCCUUUUUCUGGAGCGCUCCUCUGAACACCAAUGCAUGCGGGACUUCAUCCACAGCAAACUACCUGACAUUCUGUCCAGCAUUGGAGAUGGAAAGUCCCAUCUAAAUGUCAUUGGAGUUGGAAGCGGAGCUGGUGAGAUAGACCUAGAGAUGCUCAACGAGCUACACAAGAAGCAUCCAGGGGUGACAGUAGAUAAUGAGGUGGUGGAGCCAAGCAGCCAGCAGCUACACAACUACAAAGUUUUAGUGUCGCAGAAACCUGAGCUAAACUACAUCAAGUUCACCUGGAACAAGAUGACGGCCUCGGAGUUUGAGGAGAGCUGGAAACUGAGCGAGACGACCAAGAAGGCAGACUUCAUUCACAUGAUACAGAUGCUGUACUAUGUGAAGGAUCCCGGUGCUACCAUCAGCUUCUUCCAGAGUCUCCUCGAUAAGAAUGGGAAGCUUCUCAUUAUUCUUGUGUCUGGGGAGAGCGGCUGGGGGAAGCUGUGGCGGAAAUACAGGCACGAGCUCUGCAAUACCGAAAUAAGUCAAUGCGUGACCACGGGAGACAUCAAAAGCCUCCUGGACUCAAAGGGAGUGAGCUACCACAGCUUUGACCUGCCAUCUCAAAUGGAUAUCACCGAGUGUUUCACUCAGGGAGAUGAAAAGGGGGAGCUGCUGCUUGACUUUCUCACCGAAGUGCUGGAUUUUAAUAAAACGGCGUCACCAGAGCUGAAAGACGGCGUGUUGGAGCUGCUCCGGCAUCCGGACUGCAGCAUGGAGUCUGAGGGCAGAGUGAUCUUUAACAACAACCUCGGUGUCAUAGUCAUCAAUGAGCCAAAUUAAAAACAGAUCUUAGCUAGAGUCAAGGUCAGAUUAGUCCUAGAUGAUGAUGAAAUAUUUUCAAGUACAUUGAGUAUCUUCAAGCUUUAUCCUGUGUUGAAUUUAGUUUUGUAUAAAUGUUGAUGUUUUAUGAAUUCUAAAGUCCUCUAACAUAAAAUAAAUUAAUACAUUCCUUUCAAUUUUUAUGAUUAAACUUGUAUUAUUAUGACAUCAAAGAUCAUUCUUACUCCGCUACAGACAUUAGCUUCAGAUUUUUCUCCGGUCAUUACAGUUUGUAAUGAGCUGCUCUUGGCCGGCUGCUGCCCAGACCCCAUUAUACUCUUUUUUUUCUUUCUCCGGGAGCGCUUUAUUCCUACUGUACAAAUAAAUAUAGAACUGGACAAUUAGCUUUUCAUUGAGAAUCAAUUUAGAUAAGCUUAAAGUAAUUGUGCAUUAUGUUUUAAAAUGAUUGGAAGUAUUAUUUCUAGUAGGACUUGAACUGGGUAAGUGAAAACACAGUUGCUCCUGGGAGUCUUUUCUUUAGCCGUCGGGUUAAUUUAUUUCAAAUAUAAUCUGGGUUUGUUGCUAAUAGACAAAUUAUAUUGCAGCUUUAAUUUUGUAUUUCUGAAUUCAGAUAACCCUUUGGAGUCUCACAGUGACGAAUCUGAACAAUCACAUAGAAAUUUUGUUUUUUUUAUACUCUCAUUUAAUUUUUAUUCAACUUCACCAUAAAUGAUCAAUUAUUAGUACAUGGAAGGGGAUAAAAGACAAAAUGAUUUAUUUAAGUAUGAUGUAUAGAACAAUAUAAAGAUGCUGAAGAAAUGUUCUUUUGUAUUUUGUAAAAUUUUCUCUACUUUAAUUCCUCUAAGAGCAAGUUUGUGCUGCUAAUGAGUGUUGUGCAAAAUCUAAUAGAAAAAUCCAAAAUAAAAACUACACUUGCCAACUGGAAA